CGAGGGAACGUACUUGCGAGUGUGUGUCCAGUGAACAUUGAUAAAUACUUGUUGCUUUCUGCUCUCACGGAUACAUUCUUGAGCUCUGCUGGAUAAGGUGUGAUCCUGGAACGAGUUUAUUAGGAGUGAUUCUCAGGAAAAAAACAUCCAAGGUGUAAUUCGUGGAACCUGGGAAACACGUCUAAGAUCGGCCUCAUUUUACCGGUUGGAGUUAAAGGACUGUUCUUCAUAGACACUGUUUAUACAGAAAUUCACAACGGACAACGAUCAGGUAUCAGAAAUGUCUGACAUGGACAUUGUGGGAAUGGCAGAGGAAGAAGAAGACGAUAUGCUAAAUGACAGAUCAAGUGUCAACACACAGACGUAUAGCAAACCAGAUCACACUAUGAAUGGCGGACGUCUGCGAGGGAUGGCGGAGCUGCCUCAGAGGAAGAUGGUGGACAUCACACGUGAUAAGCCCAUCAAGGUCACCAUCAGAGUCGUCGUCCCUGUCAGGGAUCAUCCCAAGUUUAACUUUGUGGGAAAGUUACUUGGACCAAAGGGAAAUUCUCUAAAGAGGCUUCAAGAAGACACAAUGACCAAAAUGGCAAUCCUAGGACGAGGGUCCAUGAGAGAUAGACACAAAGAAGAGGAGCUCCGUAAUUCUGGAGACCCUAAGUUCUCCCACCUGUCAGAUGAACUUCACGUGGAGGUCACAGCCUUCGCCCCUCCGGCUGAGGCACACGCCCGCAUCGCCUACGCUCUGGCAGAGGUCAGGAGGUUCCUAGUUCCGGACUACAACGACGAGAUCAGGCAAGAGCAGAUGUGGGAGAUGCAGAUCCUCAACACAGGCAAGUCAGACCAGACGAGUGACGGGAACGACACGCAGGGAGACAGCACAGGGUCGUCGCAGGGCAGUAUGUCUCCAGAGGAUCAGUCAGCGUCACCACCUCCCAACCCUGCACUACGGGGAGUCACCAAGCCCACCACAAACUCUGCAGGUACGGCGAGCACGGGAGGUCGCAAGAGACCUCUACUGCCAGGAGCCAGCACCAGGGUGGCAAUGUCCCCGACCAAAAGGACGGUCCUCUCCAUCCUGGCCAGGGCAAGGGCAGCGCAGGCCAAGGAGUUACUGUCUGCCCCCUACCAGCCACUGGCCCACAUCGCUAGUGUGAGGCCACUCACAGCACUUCCAGGUCUACGAGAAGACACCAUCCUCACUGGUGCCAACCUUAUCCUCAACUAACCUCAUCAUCAGCGACCCAGCUGUUACUUUCCUUUACGUAUCUGUUAUGUAUAGAUCAUACAUGAGUUUAUUCCAUUACUAAUAAACCCUGAAUAUAAUUUUGUAAAUACGUCUUAAAAAUGAUAAAUGGCACAUCGAAUCUUUAACAAUUCGUUUAAUUACAUUUUAAACUAUCAAACGGAUUCUCUGGACCAACUAAAUGUAUUGUAUCAAUAAACCAAUGGGUGUACUAAAUGUUGUGCUAAAUGUGUCCAUCUUCAUCCAUUGCUAGCACUCUUCGACUAGUGUGUAAACCUUGCACGUUCUACUCGACCAUCCGAAUUACAUUCAGUGUACCUCAUUUAGAUUAAGAUAUAUCACACCCUUAAAAUGUGCAAUUUAGAUAUAUCAAGUUAUUAUUUUGAUUGUUUCAGGAUCGUGAGUACCAAUAACUCAUGAUUUAUAUACUUGAACGUCAACAAGAUUUACGGUAACUUACUAUGCUUCAAAUCGCUUUUGUCAUGAUUACGCCAACAAAAUAAGAUUGGAACAUUUAUUUAAACUAGUUCAAUGUCUUCGUGUUUUGGUCUGUUGUCAAAUUACUAAUAGUCACACAAAAAACAAAAUGUAAACUAUUAGAAUCCUAAAAUAGGCAAACGUGAAUAAUGAUUUUUCCUAGUGGCCACAAGUUUGUAAAAACCGUCGCGAACAAAAAUCAUAAUUAAUAUGGAUUGUUGACGUUAAGGUAAAAAAAAAUAUUUAUUCAUUUGAUUGUAAAUAAUUAAUAAUUAUUUACUUAUAUUGUAAUAUUGUGAAGUUCUUUAUGUACAGAAAAUAAAUAUAAAUGUUUUCAAAUAUAAAUCUUCUAUAAAGCUGUCAUUUUGACGAACACUGUUGUAAAACAUAUAUUAGUGGUAGCAAACACGUCAUUUUAAAACGUCUUUGCGGCGAAAUAAUAUUCAAUUGCUUUAAUAGCUCUAACAAUCACUUUCUUGUUUUUAUUGUCUAUUGUUAUCAUAUCAGCAAUGUGAAUAAAUAAUCUUUAGUAGGAAAUAUGUAAUAAACCCAAUGUGUUUUGACACAGGUUUCCCUGCUGUGAAGCAAUAUUUAAUAAUAUAUUAUAAUUAUUAAAUUACUUUAAGCAACAAAUUGUGAAACAAAUUGGUAAUUGUUUUCUCAUUCUACAUUAAGUGUUUAAAUGUUAUAUUUUAUUGUAUUUUUUGUUUGGUAAAUUUGAUAAAAAAUAAUUAUUGUGAAGCAUAAACUUAUUACGAUUAUAAAUUUUAUACUAUCAAGAAAGCAAUAUUAUUAAAUUACAUAGUGUAUUCCAACUAGAACUAUUCUUUAAGGAUAAGGAUUAAGAUCUUAGACUUAUAUUUUAUAAAAAACAAUUUACAUUUUGAUGACAAAUCAUGUUUUAAUAUAUGCUUAUUCUGAUGAAUCGAGUUAAUUCAUCAGCUUGACACCUAUUUAAAACACUAUUAGUUUCACAAAGGUAAUUCCUUAUUUUCCAUAAACAUAUAAUUAUUUAUUUUCAUAUGGAAAUUGUUUAGUUGAUUGCUACAUUUGCAGACUUAUAUCAUAGCAACGAAUGUAUUACUCAUUUAUAGUAAUGAAUUAAAAACCAUAUCCCUUCAUACACCAUUAUCAGUUGUGAAACAUGCUUCAAAUAAUACACUAAUGUGUUUAUACGACAAAAUUAAUAUUGAUCAAACUCAGCAUAUGAUUUCACAGACGGAAAAUACAUCCCUUAUUGAUUAUCAAUUUUCAUUGUUUUAAUUGUUUAUGUUAACAUAAAGGUAACUAAACUUAAGUGCAACGAGAUCGCUAUUACGAACACUCUAAACCCCAAUGUAAUCAUAAUUGUACGAUAGUAAUAUAGCUGCACACAGCUGAUAAACUAAACUAUAACAGGAGUGUGUAACUUAGGUAUUUUGCUCAUUCGAUAAAUACUAGCCGAUAACGAUCUCUGACUGAAGGCGCCAUCUUGUACAUGUUUUUGAUACUACACUCGCACCACCGCAUUCCUAUUGAUGUUAUGACAAAUGAA